AUGAACUGUGAUAGAGUUAUGGAAAGUCAGCACGAGAAACUGAUGAACCACGAGAAGCUAUUAAAGGAUACUUUAGACCAGGUAAAUACCCAAAAUGUCAGCAUCAGCAAGGAUCUAGCGCAAGUUCUCCAAACUCAAUCUGAAGUGAAGCUUACUUAUGCGGACAAGACGCGAACCAACCCUCCAAGCAAACCUUCACCACCCUCAAAGAAAAUAUCGGAUCCAAUUACCCGAGAAGUUACCGGAAUGAAAACUCUACGUAGAGGAACCAUUGUUGUUGAAUGUAAAAAUAAAGAAGCUGCAGCCAAACUUAAGGAGGAAGCCGAAACGAAACUGGGAUCCGACUACAUUCUUUCCUUACCAAAACAGAAGAUGCCGAAGAUUAAAAUCGUAGGCCUCAAUGACAAGAUCGGGAGUACCCAAAUGAAGGAAAUGAUUCUCGCGCAGAAUCAAUUCCUCGACGAAGCCGCGUACAUAAACGUCGUACACAUAACGGAAGAUAAAAGAAAUCCUAACAGGUAUUUGGCUUACGCUGAGGUUGACGGUAAUAGUUACCGGAAAAUUCUAAGUGAACAAAAGCUUAACAUAGGAUGGGACCGUUGCAGAAUUUAUGAUGCUGUGACAACUAGAAGAUGCUACAAAUGCAAUGGGUUCGGACAUAAGGCAACUGACUGUAGCAAAACUACUACCUGCCCCAAAUGUGCGGGAGCCCAUGACCUAGCGAGCUGUAAAGCUUCGGACGCGGAAAUCAAAUGCAGUAACUGUGCCAACGCCGUUGAGAAACUAAAAAUGAAACUGGAUGUACAGCACCCGGCCUGGAGUGUUGAUUGCCCAGUCUACAAAAAACGACUCGAUCAAGAAAGAAGCAGAAUUGAUUUUUUAGGCCAUCCCCAACACUAA